CAUCAAAUCCACCCACGCCGCCUGUGACUAAAAAUAGGGUUCUCAAAACCUGACAUCACAUUCUCACGCAGCCUUUCAGUAGGCAAGCACCUCGUUGAGUUUGUCGAUUGAUCGGACACAGUCGCGCAACCCUCCCUAAUAACCACAAGAAUGGCACGAGGAAGUCAAGAUGGACUCGAGUGGGAAAACACUUUGUUCAAUCUCAUACCACGUUGGACACGAGAACCUUCAGUUGAGGCCAUUCAAGGCGUUUGUCGCCAACAGCUGAACGUCCCGGCCGGAGGUCCCUGCACCGCCUCCUUCUAUGCAGCCGGUGCAUUCAAUAAGCUCUAUCUGAUCGCCUGUGCCGAAGAACCCUUCCUGAUGAGAGUAACGCUGCCGGUGAGUCCUCACUAUAAGACACGUGGCGAGGUAGCUACCCUGCGUUGGGUGCGUGAGCACACCAACAUUCCAGUUCCCAAAGUCAUUGCAUUUGAAGACAACAACGACAACAUCAUUGGGUUUGAGUGGAUUUUGAUGGAACUCAUGCCCGGGACUACGGCUUAUCGACGGUGGCGAACAAUGUCUCUGGAGCAAAAGUCAGCGAUUGCGAAGAGUGUGGCGGAAUUUCAGGUACAAUUAUCUUGCUACGGCGCACCCAGUUCUCCCUUUAGGAGUAUUGGUACGCUCAACCUGUUACGUGAGCCACCAAGGAUCGAGGCAGAAACAAGAGCCACACCAGGGAUGAUGAUAUCGCACGAAUUCUUCAUGGGCGAUCGCAUCAAAUAUGACAUCCCACGAGGCCCUUUCAACUCCAGCCAUGACUGGCUGAACUCAGAAAUACGCUUGAUUAUACUGGAGCAGACAGCAGCUCUUGAGAACGCUGAAGAUGAAGAUGAUCGGGAAGACGCCGAGGAGACCCUGGACGCAGCUCGAAAGCUUCGUUCCGUCCUUCCCAAAGUAUUUCCCGAGGAUCAGGAAGAAGUCGCGACAGCACUUUACCACGAAGACUUGAGUCUACAUAAUAUCCUUGUCGACAAAGAGGGCAAAAUCACGGCUAUUGUGGACUGGGAAUGUGUUUCAGCAAUGCCUAUAUGGCUGACUACCAAGAUGCCCAAGUUUCUGGUCGGGGAGAACCGGGAAGAGGAGCCAAUCCGGGAUAUGUAUGCGGAUGAGAUACCUGGAGACCCGCAAAACGACAGUGGCCCCGAUAACCUAGACAACGAGGGCAAAGAUGACCUGUACUGGAUUCAUCUAAUGGAUUACGAAACAACGCAGCUGCGAGCAGUGUACGAGAGGAGGUUAAGGGAGCUCUGGCCGGCUUGGCCUCUACGAGACAGUCAGAUCAAGGUCGACUUCUUCGAUGCGGUCUUGGAAUGUAAUGCUGGGAUCUUUUUGGGGAGAGUGGGAAGAUGGGCCGACAGUAUAGAACGAGGGGACUUGGUCAAAUGGGCCGACGUUGAAUGAAAAGUCGCGCUGCGGAACAUUAGAGCCCGACUGCCAGAAACCCUCUGCCACACUCAUGUCUGUCGACUUUGGCGAGGCGUUCACAAUCGACAGCCGCAGGCCUCGUGGCCGCAAAUCAUCGUUGGAACCGCCAGAGAUCUGUUUCAAAUACUACUAGUAACCCUCAGCCGGUAGCGACGCAUGGGAAUCAGUCUUCUUAAUUUUCGAGAUAUCCUGUUACUGGCCCCUGUUAACAAAUUAUCGGGCUAGUUUCCGGGGUUCUCAUACAUCACACACAUACUUUUACCUGGUUUCGCUUCUAAUUUGCAUACGCGAAGACACACAUAGACACAGACUGUUGACAAUUCAAAUUGUCGCUUAGACGACCAAUAUUACGAGAGCCCCCAUUGCCUGUCUCUGAAAUUUUCAGAUCGGUGAGCUCAUGCUGGUGUCUAGGCGACGUUGGAUGCACAGUGUGAAAACCCUUGGGAAGGCAUAAUAACAUGCUUUAUCCCACCACCUGGGCACCUCCUACUCCCCAUCGACCACACUGUUUGAAAGGAAUGCUCAAGGGCCAAGAGUGAGACGAAAAAAAUAAAAUGAGUGUGUAGAUUAGUGGCCAUCUAAUCUAGUUUUAGUACUAUUGAU